AUGACGGAAAUUAUCAUGAGCCAGACUCCCCCUAUUCUUCACCGGCCAUCGGAAAAGGAACGCAAAUACGAUCGUCAGCUACGACUUUGGGCUGCCAGCGGUCAGUCAGCCCUUGAAUCAGCCAACAUCUUGCUGGUCAACUCAGGUGCAGGCGCGGUCGGGGCCGAGACUUUGAAAAACCUCGUUCUACCAGGAAUUGGCCGUUUUGCCAUUUAUGAUGAGGCGGAGGUGACAGAGGCUGACCUCGGUGUGAACUUCUUCCUGGAUGAGAGCUAUCUUGGCCAGCGUCGGUCGCGUGGUUUGACCGAACUUCUCACAGAACUAAAUCCCGAGGUCAAGGGCAGUUGGUACCCAAAUGAGGAUAUCAAGACCUUGGAGGCUCUUCUUACCGACGACACCGUAUAUACCGUGAUUAUGUAUACACACCCUAUUCGCAAGGAGGACCUCGCUGUUCUAGAGGCUUAUGCUCAAAAGCAUAAAACUCCGCUGGUGGCAAUUCACUCAGCAGGCUUCUAUUCUUACUUCCAGAUCAAUCUUCCCGGGGCUUUCCCGAUUGUGGAAACACAUCCAGAUGAGACCGCAACAACCGAUCUCCGCCUCUUAAAACCUUGGCCAGAGCUAGUUGCCUUCGCCCAAGAACUCACAAGGGAUAUUGAUAACCAGGACGAUUUUGAGCAUGGUCAUAUACCGUAUGUGGCGAUUCUGCUCCACUAUCUAGAGCAGUGGAAGGAAACCCACGACGGGAGGUAUCCUACAACAUACAAAGAGAAAACGGAGUUCCGUAGCAUUGUGCAGCGUGCUGCGCGAACAAACAACCCUGAAGGAGGAGAAGAAAACUUUGAUGAGGCGGCGGCAGCCGUUCUCAAAACCCUAGUUGUUCCCUCAUUACCAUCUGGGUUGAAGCAGGUCUUCGAAUACAAGCAUGCUGAUCCAGUUGAGCAAAGAUCCGGCUUCUGGAUUAUUGCAGAUGCUGUUAAGGCUUUCUUUGAGAAGCACCAAUGUCUUCCUCUCCCGGGCAAGCUGCCAGACAUGAAGGCCCAGUCCAAGGUCUAUGUUCAGCUCCAGAAUCUCUACAAGGAAAAGGCACGCAAGGAUGCUGCUGAGGUCCUGGAAACUGUGCGUGCGAUGCCGGGUGGUCAAGAUAUUGAUCCGGCCGAAGUAGAACUCUUCUGCAAGAACGCAGCCUUCGUCAGACUUAUCAAUGCAACAGGAGGGAGUAAUGAACAAGACGGCAAGCUAGAGCGCCUUAGAUUAACAGCAGCCCAAGAGUUCGCCAACGACGAAAACACUUCGCUAACAGGCGCUCCUCUCUCCCACCUGCCCAUCUACCUCGCGUUGCGUGCCACUUCUCAUGCAACCUCGCCUAUAAGUGCGGAGGAGAUUCUGGAAGGCAUUGCUGCACUGGUUCCAGGCUCAGAGAAGAGAGAACAGGUGAUCAAAGCCGCCCAGGAGGUAGCUCGUGCCGCCGGGGGUGAACUUCAUAACAUCUCAGCCUUGACUGGUGGUAUGGUGGCACAGGAGACCAUCAAAAUUGUCACCAAACAGUACGUUCCGAUCGAUAAUACGUGCAUCUUCGAUGGCGUGGGCAGCCGCUGCCAAGUUCUGCAGCUGUGA